CAGGUCCCCAAAUGUCACAACUGAUCAGGAGAAAAGGCUUCUUCAACAACUCCGGGAAAUUACUAAAGUCAUGAAAGAAGGCAAACUCAUUGACAGCAUCUCCCCGGAGAAAGAAGCAGAAGAGGCUCCUUAUAUGCAAGACUGGGAAGGUUAUCCAGAAGAGACCUUUCCUGUUUAUGAUAACUCUGAUUGCUUCAGGCACAGACAGGACACGAUUCUGGUAGAUUGCCCAGAUCCAAGCCAGCCUUCUGCUGAAGAGAUAGCUGAGCAAAUGGAGUUUCUGGAGAAUGAGGACUGUUUAUAUAGUGAAACUCUUUUGUCUGCUCUUGCCAUAGUGAACAAUAGCUCUGCAGCAGGAUCUGAGAAGAACCAGCAGACCACAUUCAGUGCUCAGAGUGGGACUGGACAUAACUUUGAGGAGUGCUACUGUUGCCACUAUGAUGAUGAUGAUCCUGCUGUUCUAGCAGAAAAUGCAGGAUUCUUCUCCGAUAGCUGCAGUGAAACAGAAGAAGUAGUUAAAGAGGAGCUGCUGUUGGACUGCGAUUAUGGAAAUAUGGUAUCCACAGAGCAAAAUGAUGAAGAUCCUGAUGAAAUUGGUAUCCUAAGAAAGCGAAACACAAAAGGCACCGAGUUGCUCGGACACUGAGGAUUGUGUACAAACGUGUCACCUGCACAGACUGUGAUCUUUGCUUUUAGGACCAAGCUUAACUUCUGUGUUGUGUGCCCAGUUGAAAUCUUGCAACAGUAUUAAUUGUCUCCCUUGCUAUGGCUUCCAAAGAUUUUGAAAACAAGAUAAUUUUACAUAGUUUUUCUAUGCCUUUUUCUUCAGCUUUUGUCUUCAAGACUGCAGCGUAGAUUCACUGCGUUGCCUAGCCCCGUAAAAAGUGCAAAAAGCAAUCCAAGGAAAGGGGAUGUUCUCAUUUUUUUUCUCAGUAUUUAUGUAAUAAGAGCAAAACAUGUCCUACAUAAAUUGAUGUGGUUCAUUUUUAGUAACAUAUAAGGGCAGCAAACGAUCAAUACAUUUAAUCAUUAUAUAAGUAGUACAGUUUAGAUAGAUUUCUUGGCUCAUUUUGCUAAGAGAGAAAACAUUUCAUAUCUUAAAAUGAAGAAAUUACAGCAUGCAAAAGAUAUUUCAUAGGCCAUUUGGUUGAUAUAGUGGUUUGAUUCAAAUUUCCAAUCUCUGAAGGGAUGUGAAAUAUCAAAUUUAAUUGGAUGUUAAGACUGUCCAGUGAUCUGGAUUUAAAUAAGAACAGAUUUGUUGGAUCACACAUAAUAGUAUAACACCAUCCUGUGACUCAUUAAAAUGGUCUCAUUUUAUAGGCCCAUGCAGCUGCAAUCAUGCAAUCCUGGGAAUAAAUGUGAUUGCUUCCUAAGCAAGUUUACAGACACCGAGACACACCCAAUACUUGUGGAUCAAAUUUGAAGCAUUGCACAUCGAUAUUGGAUGCUUGUGAAUCAGUCUGAAAAGAAUAAAUAAUUUGGAAAUUUGAGAAGUUUUUGUGCAUUUUAUUUCCUAAUAGAAGAGGAAGUCUAUUGAUUGAUUUUCCCAAUUGGUUUGGAAAUCUAAGUAGAAGAGGUGCAUUUUUUUCAAAGGUGCCAAAAUUUGAAUUGGUUCAAGGUUGAUUUCUACAUUCCUAGCACUUCAGUGUCGCCCCAUCCAGAAAAAUAUAAGUUGAUCAUCUUGCCUGGUAGCCAGAAUUCUCCAUAAUUGAUUGGCUGCUUCAGUCAUCCCCAGAUGGGACCUUCAAGGUGUAUUGGGUUGCAAUUUCUAUUGCUUCCUGGCAGUUUGAUGAAUUGCCAUUGGAUGUGAAGUGACAGGAAUUUUUCCCCAUGUGGUGACAAACAUUGGGGCGAGCGAUGUAUCUUUUUCUCUAUCUAAUUAAAAAAGAGCAGGUGGUGUCAUUUUGGCAAAGAUUGCUAAUGUAUUUUUUAAAGGAAACAAGCAAUCUUGCUCAUCUCACCUGUAGCUCAUUGUUUGCUAUCUUGCUUUUACACUGAUGGUUUCUAUCGCAUCUUGUCAAAUUACACUUCAGCCUGAGUGUUUGGCUAUAAUCUAGAGGAAAGGAAGUCAGAACAAGUUUUGAAAAAAAAAGAACCCCUGAUACAGAACUUGUCUUAGCAGCAUUGUGAAACGAGGGGCUUAUAGUUGAUAUUCAGGAUAAAACUAGAUGAUGGAUAAACCAAGCAUCAUUGUAUGACAUUUCUGCAUAUUUGCAGAGCAUUAGCAGCUUAAUCUACAUGGAAAUAUUUUUUUCGUUUGAUUUCCACACUAGUGACUUACAAUAUUUGCCCAGCAUCACUCAGCUACUAUCAAAGCGAUAUAAAACCUGCCCACAUUACUGGCAUUUUGACAUAAGAGUAAUCGGAUGAUCUUAGAAGAUUCUAUAAAUUAUUUGGCAGAAACACCUGUUAAAAUUAUAAUUAGUAUUUAAAUGUAUCAUUGUAUGCAAGUUUGACUUUAUGCAAGUUUGACUUCAAAGGUUAGUAGGAAGAAGGGUCGUACUAUAUCUGCUUUAGAAUAGAAUAUUUAUAGCUCAGGGUUCAACUGUGGGGUCCUUGGUGGUCUCUGAGCUUGAUUGUUUGCUUGCCAACAUUUCAGUGCACUGAUGAUGUUACCUAGCCGGGUUAUGAAACACCUUCAGGCAAAUUAUCAAGCUCAUCGAGCAGCAAAUACUCCAUAUGUCUGCUUUGUCCAUCAUAAAUCUCUUUCUUUGUUUUCAAGUAAGAAUGGGAAAGAUUGAGCCAAGCAAUAUUAGGCAAAAUAAGUCUCAUCAAAUUGAAUGGAUUUGCUCCAGGUAAUUAUAUAUCACCUGCAAUCUUAGCUAGCUACUUGGGAAGAAAUUCCAUUGAAAUGGAUAGUGGAGGUGGACUUAUUUCUGAAUGGACAUUCAUGUAGAGCCACUGUAACUAAUUUCAGGGGUAAUAUUUGGAUUGAAGCUUUCAUAAAUUAUGUCAUUGCACUGUUGGGAAGCGUAAGGAAAUUGCCUUCGGUUUUUGUCGUUUCUUCUCUUUCUGGUAGCAUUCAGCUAGAAAGGAAAGGUGAACUUACUUGUUGGAAGAAUGUACUGCGUUUUUGUAGGUAGAAGUUCUUUAUGAUCACUGAUAAAUGUUUUACAAUGACUUCACCCUUCCUUACAACCUGGUGUCUCCCAGUGUGUUGGAAUGAUAUUUUAAAUUCCCAGCUAGCAUAGCUAUUGGUUAGACAUGGUGGAAACUAUAAUCCCAACACAUAAACAGCAUCAGAUUGGGAAGGGCUGUCAAAGCUUUGUGUCUGAUCAGUUGCUACUUGAGUUAUAAAGAGAUUAAUUACUGAAAACUUUAAGAA